AUGGGAGAAUGCCACGGUGCGAACGAAUACUGUUUAAAACUGCCGCCUGCUCCGCCGAAACCGCUGCCCUGUCUGACAGGAGCACGGGCGCUGCUGGGGCCUACCUACCCUGCCGCCCGGUCCCGCCGCAGCACCGCGCUUACAGCCCGGUGCCGAGCCGUCAAGGGGCAGCGAGUAGCAAACCUGACGCUCAACAUCCACAGCUCCUGUGCUUUCCAGGAAACGGCACCUAGUAAGAACAGAUCCUUCCCAGUGUGGACAACAAAAAAGACUAUUCUUCAGGGGAUUAUUUUGCUACCCCUCCGUGCCAUAUGCAUUGCAUUCAUUUUACUGCUAGCAUGGCUGUUUGCAUCAAUUGCAACUUUCCGUCACCCUGGAAAAGGAUCUGUGCCGCUGAAAGGAUGGAGAAGGAGGAUGAUCCAGACAACCCUCUCAUGCCUAACUCGUAUGCUGUUCUUCGUAAUGGGUUUCCAAGUUAAAGUAAAAGGGAAAAUAGCAAGUCUACUGGAAGCCCCAAUCUUUGUUGCAGCUCCUCAUUCAAGUUUUUUUGAUGCCAUUAUUUCUGCCCUAACUGGAAUGCCAUCAAUAGUGUCUAGAGCAGAGAACCUGUCAACUCCGGUACUUGGCACCAUUUUAAGUUCCCUUCAGCCUGUAUCAGUUUCUCGUCAAGACCCUGAUUCACGGAAGAAUACGGUCAUCGAGAUAACAAAGCGGGCAUUAUCAAGAGGCCAGUGGCCACAGAUACUGAUUUUCCCAGAAGGCACCUGCACAAACCGAUCUUGCCUGAUCACAUUUAAACAAGGUGCCUUUGUUCCACGAGUCCCUGUGCAACCUGUGUUGCUCCGAUACCCCAACAAGCUGGAUACUGUGACCUGGACAUGGCAGGGCUAUUCAUUAAAAGAGCUGUGCAUAAUGACGGUGUGUCAGCUCUUCACAAGAGUAGAAGUUGAGUUUCUGCCUGUUCAUGUCCCUACUGAGGAAGAAAAGAAUGAUCCCAUUCUUUUUGCCAACAGAGUCCGACAAACUAUGGCAACUGCUUUGAAUGUGCCAGUCACUGACCACACUUUUGAAGACUGCAGACUGAUGAUUUCAGCAGGACAGCUGACUCUACCUAUGGAAGCUGGGCUGGUGGAAUUCACCAAAAUUAGCAAGAAACUCAACCUAAAAUGGAAUCAUGUCAGAGAGCAGUUGGAUACCUUUGCUGCUAUUGCAAGUGCUUCCAAAGGGGGAAGAAUUGGAAUUGAGGAGUUUGCAGAGUACUUGAAGCUUCCGAUUUCAGAUGUCCUCAAAGAGCUGUUUCUACUCUUUGACAGGAAUGGAGAUGGCACCAUCGACUUCAGAGAAUAUGUAAUCGGCUUGUCUAUUCUUUGUAACCCAGCCAACACAGAAGAGACUAUUCGGAUGGCAUUUAAGCUCUUUGACAUGGAUGAGGAUGGCACUAUAAGGGAAGAUGAGUUUGCUUGUAUCAUUCAGUCAGCUCUGGGGGUGCCUGACCUUGAUGUUUCUAUGCUCUUUAAAGAAAUAGAUGCAGAUGAAACCGGGAAGCUGUCCUAUGAGGAGUUCAAGGACUUUGCACUCAAGCAUCCAGAAUAUGCCAAGUUGUUUACUACAUACCUAGAGCUACAGAGAUACCAGUUAGAUAUGUUGGAGGAGGAUGACACUGAGUCACCUGAAGUCAAACACAGUCCAGUUAGAAAGAGUACAGUUCCACUCUCAGAAACAACACCAGUUGCAAGAAAUAAAGUCUGUCCUGAAGGCAAUGAAGAGUGUAACUCAAGUACCUCUGACAAAAAGGAUGACUGAGAAGAGUUAAAGAAUUCAGCUCUUGAAUUCUACAGGAUUUUUUUCCCUAGCUAUUCAUGAGCACAAUUGAUAUAAAAUAGAGAUGGAAGUUACAAUUUUUAAAAAAAAAAAGUUUCUUUUUUUUACUUUCAUAUCAGGAGGAGUUAUUCCUGUUUGAGUCUAAGGGAAAAACCACUGUAACUAUUCUAUCCUUGAUGUCAGUAUCACAAUACUGGGAAUGUUGUUCACUGUCUUCCAAGUUUAUGCUUCCACAAAAGUAACAGAUGUGCUAAGAGAGGCAAGAGGCUCCAGCACUGCAGUGACCUCUCAGAAUGGAGACUGAGGCGUCCACUUGCGUAAAAACAAGUGGAAUUUUUGGUGCUGCUCAAUUCCUCUACAUCCCCAACAUGUCUUAAGGGGAAAAAAUGAUGCCAGAGUGUUUUAGUUUGCAGUAUCCCUUAGCCUUUCUCAAGUUUCUGAGAGACACAAAUGAGUUACAAGAAGCUCAGAGUUGAAGCUGGUGUUUUCUUUCAGCUGUCCUUAGAUUUCCUUAACUACUUGUGAACUAUAAAGCCUAAGCUUCUGAACAAGACAUGCUGAUUCACUGAUGUUAACAGAAACAGCUUUAGGCUUAAAGGCUAGUUAAAGAUGGAAAUGGCUGCACUUCUAACAACAAAAAACUAAUUGGAAUUCCAAGAUAGCAGCUCACAGUCUACAGGAAAAUGCAGACAAUAAGACCCAAGAAUUAAUGGACUAUUUCAAAAUAAAUAGAAUGUUGUUUACAGUAACAACUGUUCAGGAUCACAUUAGGAGGAACAUUUCAAACUUCAGCAUAUUUUUAUUCUAGUAAUUAUCAACAGAGGAAUGUGACCUUGCUCUGCAAAACUUAAAAGGCAAAUACGCUGUCAAGCCAUAGUUCUAGUAGUUAGUAUCUCCUCUAAAGUUGUCUCCUAGAAACGAUGUUUGCAUUACUGUGCCAUUACUCAAUGUGUUCUUAGGGUUUAAUUCAAAACCAAGCUCUUUCUAGUCAAUGGUUUGAGUAUGUUUUGCCUCAGUCCCCUCUAGUGCACUGGAAAUUGGGCCUUCACCUUUUUCCAUCCUUCAUCUGAAUGCACUUUAUGCAAUAUUUAAAAUAUAUAGGUAUUUAUGCAAAUACUUCUAAAUAAAAACUUGGAAGGGGUGGAGUGACAGGGUAUUUUCAAAUUAAAACUGAGAUGAGCAAAGCCUAGAAUGUCUAGUACCAAAAAUAACCAAUUUUCAGCAGGUGUUCAUAUGUGAAAUGGUAACCUCUGCCUCUGAAGUUACUGCUUGCACUGUCUGGCUGCAAGCUUAUUGCCAUAUUUAAUCUUUCUGUGUUAAUAAUUGUGCCUAUCCUGAUGUUUCAUGUGCUUAAAAUAAAUCUAUAUUUUUAAAAGA